AUGCCGGGGCGGUCCAUCAGCGGAGCAGCAGGAGAGGGCGGGGCUUUGGGGGAGGGGGCGUGGCCUAUGCGAAAGCGGAGCCCCGCCCCCUCCGGCCCCGCCCCCUCCCGCAGCCGCGCGGCCCCGCGCCCGCCGUGCCCGUGGACGAUGGUGGCGGCCCGGGGCGCUGCCGCCCGCCGCGGAGCGCUGCUGGUGCUGCUCGCCGCCCUUGGAUCCUGCCCUUUGCGCCUCGUCCGUGCCGGUGAGUGCCUCUCUGUUCCUCCGCCAAGCUACGUCCAUGUCCUCUCGCUGCCCCCGCGGAUGCUCGUGUUCCCUCCCACGACGAACCCUGUGAUGGGGAUCAGGAUAGCCCCCAGCGUUGUGGUGCCCUUCCUCGUGGGGUGCUCGGUGCCAGGGCUGCCCCCCAGUGUUGCUAUCCCCAGGAUGCAGGACAGGCAGAUGGCAGCAGUGUCCUGUCCCCGGAGCCUGGACUGUGCCCUGCAGCGCCGAGAGUUCUCCCCGGGGUCGGGUGCCUGUGGGCCCUGCCUGCCCCCCUUCCAGGAGGACGACCACGGGCGCUGUGUCCAGAAGCAGUUCUCACCCAGUGGACGGACGUCCAUUCCCAGCUUGGAGGCAGAAAUUGAUUUUCUGGCCAGAUGUGCUGGCAGGCAAGAGGCUCCUUACCACCACCUGGUACAGGAUGGCAGACCCAGGACCACGCUGGUGUGCCCUAACGGCAGCAGACAGCGCCUGGCCAGCGGCUGAGGAGAGGGUGCCGACUGCAGCGGGGGUCCCACCAGCACCACAGCAGCCGCCACCCUCCCACCACUGCCACGGUCCAGAAGAACCCAGUGGAGGCAUCCCCCAUAUCCCGCAAAUGACAACGUGGUGCUCGGGCUGAUCGUGGUGUGCACAGUGGCCGGGAGCUCGGCGCUGAUUGUGGCGCCGUCUGCUGAGUGCAGGCUGCAGAAGGAGGUCAGGCUGGCGCAGAAAGCAGACUACUCGACCCAGCGAGUGGCCAGCCCCCUGCCCUACGACAAGAUCUCGCCCGGGGAUAAGACGCUGGCUCAGAACGCCCAGAUGUACCACUACCAGCACCAAAAGCAGCAGAUGAUCUCCCUGGAGAAGCAUAAAGAGGAGCCCAAGCUGCCGGACUCUGCAUCCUCCGAUGAGGAGAAUGAGGAUGGAGACUUCACUGUGUAUGAGUGCCCCGGGCUGGCUCCGACUGGAGAAAUGGAAGUGAGGAACCCGUUUGACGACUCCUCCUUACACCUCUCCAACCUCAAGUCGCAUCAGUAACACCCCUCCAGACUCCUGCAACCCGAGCUCGCUACAGGACUGUGCCUGCAGCCGGGGCCCCGGCGGGGCGGCCCGUGCCGGAGGGGCACCCACAGCAGGGCCCAAGGGCCGCAGACCCAGCGCUGCCAGACUGUUCGACGCCUGCCCAAUAAACACCCACUAACAGCUAUGGGAGCGGGGUUGUCCCCGUUUUCCAGCGUCCUUGUUCUCUUUGCUGCUGUGAUCGCGUCCCUGCCUUGCCCUUUGCUUCACUGCCCUCGGGGACACGCCAGACCUACACAUGGGGGGUGGCUGCUGCUUGGCACAGAAACUGGGGGGGUCUGCGGCACUGUCUCUUUGCAGCUGGCUUAAGGAGGGGGCUGCUGCCCUGGCUGCAGCUAGGCUGAUAUGCAGCAGCUGGGAAAGGGAUGGAGAGAGGGUUAGAAAGCAGGAGAGGGCCAGAAAGGCUGGGCAUGCUCAUGUCUGGCAUCAGGGCUGCCAGCCUGCCCAGAGCCCCUCUGCCAGGGAUGGAGCCUUUCCCUGGAGCAAGUGGCAUCACUAAGGGCUUCAGUGCCCAUUCUACCCCUCCUUCCCAGCCUGGGCAGCCCCUGGCAGCAGGAUAGUGCUCUGGGAGCCAAGGGCAGGAGCAGGAGUGGCUCAAGCAGGUGCUGGCAUCACUCUCCAGGAUGCUUCUUCAGAUGCUGCCCCGGGGCGCAGACAGUCCCAAUGCCACUGUGGCCUGGGUGCCCAUGCCAGGUGGUGCUGGCAGAGGAUGAGCUUUUUCUUACCCCAGGCCUUGGUGGGGUGAAAACUUGGAAAAAGGGUUCAGGAUUUUGUUUUUAAGCCUAUGUGGCCGUGGGGGAGGAAGGACUGGAGGGAGCAGAGGCGGGCUGGGAGGGUAGCCAAGGCAUGGAGCCCACGCCCUGGCAGCAUCCCAGUGGAGUCUGGCACUGCGCACUCUCCAGGCAUCCCUCCGUGGCAGGAGACAGUCUCCCCUGCUCCAUCUCAGGCACCUCCUGGGCCUCAGACACCCCCUGCACCCCUCUCUUACCAGUGUCUAGGCUCACCAGCCCUCACCAACACGUCCCUGCUCGGAGCCCAGUGCUGCUCCCCAAAGCCUCCCGGGUGCAUUGGCCAUGACCUUCCAGCAGAAGGCCCAGGACAGGGUUUGAGUUACUUUUCACAGGUUGUGGCUUCAUGUCCAGACCCUGUUGUGGUCUGUCAUGACCACAGGUGACCUGUUGCAUGGGGGUGACCUCUUGCACUCACGGAAGCCAUUGCACGCUCAGGCAGACACAGGCAGGGCAGGCAGCAGUGGCAGGGACGUGCCGGUGACAUGGUGGUGGCAUGGGACCGUUACUGUCCCUGUCCCUGGCGAGGUGGCUGACAGAGGCUGUCACAGCACAGAUUCUGUCCCCAUGUCCUGUGCUGCCCCUCCCCAUGGGCUGCUGCCCCUCUCCCCACACCUCUCGUUGUUGUAUGAAUUGUAGUUCUUUUAAAAGAUUUUAUUAAAAGACCGUGUUUGAGACCCA